GCAGUUUUUAUACAAUACUGGGUUGCGGUAAAGUAGUGAAUUAGAGAGCACUGUCAGAAACAGCCACAUACGCAGCAUAAAUAAAAUUUCUGACGUUGAAAUGGUGAAUUUCAUACAAAUUUGUUUAAUAUUUUUAAGCUUUUUCGUCAGUUUCGCGAGUAAAGUAUUUGCAGAAAACAACGAAAAUUAUCAUCCCUUCGUAAAAGUUGGUAACAAGUAUUAUUUUAUAAACGGUGAAUUGAAGAUGAACUGGUUCGAAUCGUCUGAGUACUGUCGAUCUCUUCGUGGUGAUUUGGCGAAUAUUGAAUCACUAGACGAACUUCUGGUGGUGGAAAAAUAUAUCUUAACUAGAGGUAUUCUCUCGCAACUUUGGUUUGAUGGCAACGAUUUGGCAAAUGAGGGAAGAUAUAUGUCACACAGCACUGGUCGACCCAUACUUUUUACCAAAUGGUACUCAACUAACCCUGACAAUCAAAAUGAUGAAGAUUGCCUUGAAGUUUGUAUAGAUGAUAAAACACUUCUAAUGAAUGAUCAUCACUGUGAAAGAGAAUUUUACGCGAUUUGUCAGCUUCGCGAAUCUAUCAUGCAUUGCAGCGGUAAAAAUUCAUUAAUUCUUCAAGAUGAAAACUGUAUAGUAAAGAACUUAGUUGAGUCUUUGAUACAGGCAGCUGAUGCCUUUAAAUCACACUCACAACCCCUUCUUUGUCCAACGUCAUAAUGUGCGAACAGGAAACAUUAGUCUAUUCUUCCGUCAAACAACAACAGAACAAAGCGCCGUAUUGGUCAUAUAGAGAAUAGAAUGAAAUUGUGAAACGAUUACCGUAAUACUUGUCGUACUAAAAACCGCAAAUAAUAUAUCAUGUUUUUAAAGAAAA